AUGUGUAAAAAUUUGAUAAAACAUGCGUCAAAGCUUCUUCCAUCACCCUCGCCAAAGCUUCCUCCAUCAUCUCCACCCUCACUAAAACUUCUUCCAUCUGAAAUACAAGACAGAUAUCAGAAAAAGCUGGAUUAUCACAAAAAAUGUGUUAUAAUUUAUGAGAGUCAAGUGGAAAUGUUUUCGAAAAUUGCAAAGAGUCAAGGCACCGAAAAUAUGAGAUUUGACGUUGGUAAUUAUGAUAAUCCAAUCGUUUUAUUGUCAGAAAAUGAAUCAGUGAUUAAUCUUUUAAUACUGAAUUGUAUUUGGAUAACAACCUUUCAUUAA